CCUUAGUUUCUACUCCACCUUCAGGUAUUUGACACACCCAGGCACUCUUUGUGUUCGAAUUGUACACGGAGAGAAGACAUGGCUGACAGCUUAAACUUUGAAGUCCGAUCAAAAGCAGUAACUUUGGACUAAAGGCACAUACUGGAGGAUAGUUUUGGAUCUUAGGUGGUCGUUUUUCUUUUACGGUGGUUUAGGCACAUGAAUAUAUUGACCUAUGUUAAAGUGGAUGCAGAAGAGCAGAAAUGAACUGGGGAGUGUAUGAAGCUCUACUGACAGGUGUUAAUAAAUUCUCUACCGAAUUUGGACGGGUGUGGCUGUCUAUAGUCUUCAUCUUUAGGAUCCUUGUAUACGCAGUAACAGCAAGUCGGGUUUGGGGAGAUGACCAAAAAGAUUUUGACUGCAACACUCGACAGCCUGGAUGCAGCAAUGUCUGCUAUGACCAAUAUUUUCCUGUCUCACACAUCCGUCUGUGGGCUUUGCAGCUUAUCAUGGUUACAUGUCCUUCUCUUCUUGUUGUAAUGCAUGUGGCAUACAGAGAAAGUCGAGAAAGAAAGCGUAAAGAAAUGAUGGGAGAGAACUGUGACAAGCUUUAUCAAGACAUUGGAAAAAAGAGAGGUGGGCUUUGGUGGACCUAUCUUAUAAGCCUACUGGUUAAAGCCGUGGUGGACUCUGUUUUCAUUUAUGUGUUUUAUCGACUCUAUGAAAAUUUCUUUCUUCCUCGAAUAGUAAAAUGUACUCUUCCUCCAUGCCCCAACACUGUGGACUGCUUCAUAUCUCGGCCAUCUGAGAAAAAUAUAUUCACCCUCUUCAUGAUAAUUAGUUCUGCUGUAUGUAUUCUUCUGAACCUCAUAGAAGCCGCAUAUCUUGUUGGAAAGAAGUGUAAAGAGACCAUGCUGUCCAAAGGCCAGCCAACUAAAUCUAAGAAAGACUCUGACUGCAGUGAAGCCAAUGGGCGCAAACAAAGCAAAUGUGAAAGGACAAUUUUUAUUUCAGAAGAUAUCUCAAGUACUAAAGCUGAUCAAAAUAGACACAAUCAUAAUGCUGCAUAGUGAUGGAGGGGAACUAAAGUACUUACAGUCAAGUGUUUGCUAUUGUCCAUAUUAAAAUAGGUCAAAGUGUUUUUGCCAGGGCUAAGACAUUAUAACCACAAAUGUAUAAUAAUUCACAGCUCCCUGGGUGUAGAUGAGGUAAGUGGGUUUGCAAACCAGAUUACAAUUAGUGAUGAGCGGGAGGUGCCAUAUUCGAUUUCGCGAUAUUUUGUGAAUAUUCGAUUGAAUAUUCGUCUUAUAUUCGUCGAAAUUGAAUAUUCGUCAUUAUUCUAUUUAUCAC